AUGAAACUGAUAAUUUUUUAAAGAAAACAAAGCAAAGCAAAACUCUCUGCCACCAGCUUGGCAGCAAGAGAAGCAUUAUGGGGUCAGAACUUAGGAAAUCAGGAAAUACUCACAAUCAUUAUAAAAGUGCCCAGGAACUCGGAGAGCGUCUCCUUGGCUAAGCUGCUCUUCAAGGCCAGCCUCUGCUUGAAACUCUUCCCGGUCUCUUCCUUCUCAGGCUGCAUCUUGAGGCUUCUCCAGGGACCACGUUCCACCAAUACCUGCUUGUUCUGGUCCUCACCUUCACCAGUACAUGAAAAUGGAAACUUAGACAACUCUGGGCAGAUCCCUGAAGAUGUCUGGUGAGAUUCUCUGACUGUCCAAAUGCUGUCCGGAUUUGAAGCUUGGCUUAAUCCUCUUCAGGUGUAAUUGGCAUUCCCUGUUUGCAACUGUGCGUUUGAAUUGUGAUUUCAUGGCACCCUUCCAAGGUUGGCAAGAACCACUGUGACCAUUCUAGAGAUGCAGAAAUUAAAAUACAGAGACACAAGCUUCACACUGCGAGUGUGGGAUGGGGACACCUCCUCUGGACUGAAAUUCAACCCCAUCUGCGGAGGCUGGUUGGGAUCCAUGAAUGAGAAAGAGCCAGAAGGUGACAGUAGUCCUGAACAAGUCAUCAUCAAACAUAACUCACUCACACUCCCCAGUUAGCCACCAAAACAAAACAAAACGAAACAUUCAAAAGCAUCCUAAGAGGCUUAUAGCUACUGCAGACCGUCAUUCUAUGAUCUUGGACAGGUGAGAGGAGGGGAGGAACUAGCCUUCUAACAAACCUGAGACCAAGAUUAACAAGGUAUGGAGAGAGAACAUACCUACACCAUUGAUUACAUCACUGAAUUCCUGGAUCUACCAACCCUGAGGGCCACUCUACCUCUGGGCUUGAAGAGAUUUUUAUUAACAAUGAGUGGCAGAACUCAGAGAGUGGAAGAGUGUUCCCUGUCUAUAAUCCAGCCACAGGAGAACAAGUGUGUGAAGUUCAAGAAGCAGAUAAGGCAGAUAUAGACAAAGCAGUGCAGGCAGCCCGCCUGGCAUUUUCUCUUGGUUCAGUGUGGAGAAGGAUGGAUGCUUCAGAAAGAGGACGACUGCUGGACAAGCUUGCAGACUUGGUGGAACGGGACAGGGCGUUUCUUGCAACUAUGGAAUCUCUAAAUGGUGGCAAACCAUUCCUGCAAGCUUUUUAUGUGGAUUUGCAGGGCGUCAUCAAAACCCUUCGGUAUUAUGCAGGCUGGGCUGAUAAAAUUCAUGGAAUGACCAUUCCUGUAGAUGGAGACUAUUUUACCUUUACAAGACACGAACCCAUUGGAGUGUGUGGACAGAUCAUCCCAUGGAACUUCCCUCUGCUGAUGUUUGCCUGGAAAAUUGCUCCAGCUCUGUGCUGUGGCAAUACAGUAGUUAUUAAGCCAGCAGAGCAAACGCCCCUCAGCGCACUCUACAUGGGAGCACUCAUCAAGGAGGCUGGCUUUCCACCUGGAGUCAUCAAUAUUGUGCCAGGAUAUGGGCCAACAGCUGGGGCAGCAAUAGCUUCUCAUGUUGGCAUAGACAAGAUUGCAUUCACAGGUUCUACUGAGGUUGGAAAGCUUAUUCAAGAAGCAGCUGGAAGAAGUAAUCUGAAGAGAGUAACUCUGGAACUUGGAGGGAAAAGUCCCAAUAUUAUUUUUGCAGAUGCUGAUUUGGACUAUGCUGUGGAGCAGGCUCACCAGGGUGUAUUCUUCAACCAAGGCCAGUGCUGCACUGCAGGGUCUCGCAUCUUUGUGGAGGAGUCCAUCUACGAAGAAUUUGUGAGAAGAAGUGUGGAGCGGGCCAAGAGGCGCAUAGUAGGGAGUCCCUUUGACCCUACCACUGAGCAGGGUCCUCAGAUUGAUAAGAAACAAUACAACAAGAUCCUGGAACUCAUCCAGAGUGGUGUGGCCGAGGGUGCCAAGCUGGAAUGUGGAGGCAAAGGACUGGGCCGAAAGGGGUUUUUUAUUGAGCCAACGGUGUUUUCAAACGUCACUGAUGAUAUGCGGAUUGCCAAGGAAGAGAUCUUUGGCCCUGUGCAGGAAAUUCUGAGGUUUAAAACUAUGGACGAAGUCAUUGAAAGAGCCAAUAACUCAGACUUUGGCCUUGUAGCUGCUGUCUUCACUAAUGACAUCAACAAGGCCCUCACAGUGUCUUCUGCAAUGCAAGCUGGGACUGUUUGGAUCAAUUGCUACAAUGCCUUAAAUGCCCAGAGCCCCUUUGGAGGGUUCAAGAUGUCUGGAAAUGGGAGAGAAAUGGGAGAAUUUGGCUUGCGAGAGUACUCAGAAGUUAAGACUGUGACAGUAAAGAUCCCCCAGAAGAACUCCUAAGAAGGCCAAGGAGGAAGGCGAAGGCCGGCCCACACCACUCUCCCUCUGCUUUUUCUGUAGGGCCCAGCUGUCAAGAAUAGAACCAAACCAUGGUCCCUCUUUAAAGGUUGAGAUGAUGACAUGUAGCAGGCAGGUCGCUGCACGGCUGAAACAAAGCAGCUGGGCAGGUUUCUAGGCACUCUGCAGGGGAUCAGAUACCAAGCAUGGGGGAAGGUGGGGCAGAGGCAAGGGGCGGAGCUGUGGGGCACAUCCCGCGGAGUAAGGGAGCUGCUUACUUGAUGCUGUCACAAAGAACUUCCCUCUCAGAGAGGGGGCCUUUGCGCCAGCUUCAUUUUCUUCCUUCCAAUUUCUCCCUGCCCUUCCACCCCUCCUUCUCCUUCAAGGAGAUCUCAGCUGAGCUCAUUUGGGGCAGAUGUUUGGACCAGGAACAAUUUUCCAAGGUUUAGCAGCCAAAUUACCAUUUCAUGUCAUCCAUUUCUUCAAAGUAAAACAUGAAAUGGUUUUAGUUAAGAGCCAGACCAGACUGAAAAUGCCAGGAGCUGGUGCACUUCAGACCCUCUGCAUGGUCAGAACUUGGGAUCUUCCUGACCCAACCUGUUUUUUUUUUUUUUUUUAAUGUCCAUAAAUAACACAUGUGAAAGAAGAUCAGGACAGUGCAGAUGAGAGGGCAUCGUGUGUAGUUCAUGGCUUCUGAGCUUUCUGCUGUCUGUGUGUGUGUGUGUGUGUGUGUGUGUGUGUGGGUGUGUGUAAUUCUUUAUUGGUUGUUCUGGUAUAAGGAGUGGUUGUUUUUUUAGAUGAAUAAUAUCUUUUCCAAAACUUAUCUUAAAAUCAACCAAAAAACAAUUCCAGUAGGCUUGGGAAGUUACUCAGGUUGGAUUCCUUGCAGAAAUAAUUUGACUUCCAAUACUGACAGUUCUUAUCAUGUGAAUUCUUUCUGUAGUCAGUGCACCAGCACUUGUACCUCCUGUUGCUGCAGGUGUCUCUCAGGCCUGUCGUGCCCAAAUCACGUGCCCUGAAUGCACUGGCAGCAACUUGGAAAGCCUGGUCAAGCCUGAGGGUGUUCUCCGUUUGCAGAAUGCCAGUGUGCCAUGACUGCCAUGCAAGAGCUCUUCUGUCACACCCCGUGGCUCAUCCACACACCAUUCUUGUCUCUCAACAAGCAAGCUUCGGCCUACAGAGGGGGAGACACAAAGCAGGCCAGCUUCCUUCUCCCAGCUUCACUCCUCUGCUAUCCUGUGAAUCCCCCAGUUUGCUGUGUUAACUUCCUUGCCUUUUUUCCAACUGCCACCUCCAAACCAGUCUCUAACCUAGAUGAAGAUCAUUUAUUUAAAAGUACCAAACAUAACCUAGAGUAUAUGGAGUAUGGGCAACGUAUAUAUAGCCUUCUGCUUUCUAACUGCACCAGUUUUCUAUUUAUAACCCUCGUGUAUUCAUGAUGUUUUAAAGAAACCUCUCCUUGCUGUUAUUUACAAAUGAAAGUGCAUUCAGCAGCCCGAUGCCUUGACAGAUGCCGGCUUUCUGAGUUCUUCCAUUGAAUGCCCCUCUCUUCUCCUGUAGCGCGUCCAAGUGAACAUACCCAUUAACCAACUAGUUACCUUUGAACUGCAAUAUAGAAUGUGAAAAUGAAGAUUUAUUUCUUUUAAUUUACUUAAAAAAAAACCUCUGUGCUGGCAAUAAAGCAUUUAUAUUGUGUA